GUUUUUGCUGUCAACUUUGAUGAUGCAGAAGGAAUGAGCUGGACGGAAAUUCAUUGUGCGCUGGUGAAUUAGGCCCGAGUGGCAACUGAUGAUGAAAUGCAACUUCGUAGUCAAAUUUCCACCGCAUACAGAGAGUAUCAGGCCAUGAGCUCAAGCAGUCCGACUAGACAGCUGGCAGACGGACUGACUGCAUCUCGACUGCUGAUGCCUGUAUUGAGCCGGGAGGUGCAGAUGCGGUCUGUCUGGGAUCUCCGUCUGAAGUGAAGCCUCUCUGAACUACGACCAGAGGAAGGAGCCCUUAAACAUGGAUAAACCAGAAAGGUGUGCCUGUAAUGCUCAGGGGUGAGGAGGAGAGCAGCUGAGGAGGAGAUGGGCUGCACCUCUGCCAAACAGGUGUCUGCCGUGCCCAACGACGAGGAGGGCCAGAGUAAAGCCUACAGCAACGGGGACCUUCUCUCUGAUGAGUACAAGAUGAAAGGAGUGGAGAAAGUAAAGUACAUCAGUGGAGAAGAGGGAGGAGUGGACGGCCAGGACAGCACUGAGAAAAGUGCUCUCCUUGGUAAAGGUCAACACAUAGAUGAAACAGGGUCAAACGGAAAUGGAAAGAUUCUGAGCAUCCACUCCUCAGAGAGUCAGCAAGAAUUCUUCCGGAUGUUGGAUGAGAAAAUUGAAAAAGGCCGGGACUACUGCUCAGAGGAGGAAGAUAUGACAUAGCACUAUGGUCAUUUGUCCAUCAGUCCCAGUAUGAAAGAGCUGUUAUUCCAGUGUUACGGGUGGACCGUACCAUGUGUUACCAUGACCGGGGGGGAGGGACUGUCCCUUGUAUGUACAUGCCUGGGAAAAUUGGAUUACUAACUUGAAUCAAGCACCUUUUUGCCCUCCUGCUCACAACUUUAGUUCCAGCUCAUGUAUCAACCAAGAGAAAAAUGACCACCAAAAUCAAAGAUGGUUCAGUAUUUAUACGUUUUCAAGGUUCUCCAAUGGUAGAGAACAUUUAGGUUUGCUUCCUUAGUGAUGCCAUCACAGGAUGACCUAGAUCCUGGUAUUUGAAGAUACACUUGCUUUUCUUUCCCUGCUUGGACAAGUCCUGGAAGGCCAAUGUACAUGGCUGUCACGGAGACCUUCGGUAGACGUUUGAAACACUCUGACUGUUGCAAAUAUAAAGUUUCAAUACCAGAUGCAAGCAGUGCUCUUGUGGACACAGUGAAAACAAUGUCUCUAUCUGAAUCAUUUUGAAUAUGUCAUCCUUGAAUGCCUCCCUGAAAAGAAAAGGGGCUGGAAACUUCCUGCAUUCCAAGACACAGUAUGAACCUCUUUUCUACAGUACGUUGGCCAGUACAGUGUUUGUCUGUCCAUGUCUGUUUCUGCUAUAAUGUAGAGUAUUUAUGUUGAAUAAGGCUCAGGGUUGAAGUGUUGUAAUCUUAUGUUGUCAAAUCCUUCCUUGCACCAUUAAAAAGAUACUUGUGCACUCACACA